AGCGCGAGGAAGAAGAAAGAGGCCAUGUCACUAAAGAGAAGUCCACCAGAAGAAAAAUGUCUGAUAUUUUCAAUGAAUUAGAGAAAAAAGCGAUAGUUGAACGUUAUAAAAGUGCUGGAAGAAAGAAGAGCAAACAAAUAUCACCUUCUAUAGAAGUACGUAACAAAUACGAAUAUUAUUUUAAAAAUAAGCAGCAUUGUGAUGACAGAUAUUUAAAAUCACAGAGGGAAGAAUUAACAGAAAAGAGAAUAAGAGGAAAGUACGAAAAUACACACGACUCAAGAAAAGGAACUGAGGAAAAUGAUAACGUAUCUAAACACUCUUCAGAAAAAAUAAUGCAUCAUACUUCGGGACACUACAAAUCCUCAGUUAAAUCUCCGAAGAAGAUGUAUCGAUCUGCUGAAGAAAGAAGCCGUUCUCUACAGCGAAAGAUGAGUCCUUCUCUGAAACGUAUAUCAGUAACUCCUGAAAAACCUGCUUUACAAAAUUACGUAUCAUUUUUUAUUCCUAGAAGUCCACACAAGAGUUUACCAGCACAACCUGUAAAAUCUUCCAAACAUCCUCACGCGCAGGCUAUUCUUCCAGGAUCUAAGCAGGUAUCACCAGGACAUUUGAGACAGCAUCGACAGUUCGAUCCUCAGAAGAAACAUGAUUAUCGUUCUCAGUACACAGACAAAACUAGCAGAAUCUGUAGAAAUGAUUUGUCAGAAGAAGGGCAAAUCGGUGAACCUUAUGGCCAUCGACAUUUCUCCCGAGGAGACGUUAUUCCUGAUAGAAGACCCUCAAUAAAAGACAGAACAAGAUCAGUACAAAGUAUCUCUACUCAGCCUUUUGUACCAAAAGUAAGCCAAGAAGAACGUCAAGCUGUUAUAGACGAUGACGCUGAUCAAAGUUCACCAAACACUUCCAAAACUAGCAUCUGCACCGUAUUUUUUGACGAAGAUGAUAACGCAUCAUCAAAAAGCAAAGAGGUGAGACAAAUCGAAGAUAAUAAAAAAGAUAAAGAACAAGACGAAAAUGGUGCAUUUGAUGCAAUGCAUCAACAACAUAUCGCCCAAACUAGCGAAAUCGGAGAAAGCGAAAAACAUGCAGCUCGCAGAACCGGAAAGCAGCCAACACAGCUGAAAGGUAUCAAAGCCAGAAAACAUGUUUAUCCUCAUAAAAUAGUACAUCUCACUGAUACGGGCAAGAGAUUAAGCCAACACUUCAAAGAAGGGAAAACUGAUUUGGACAGUAAAAGGGUGUUUCAACUAGAUCACCUCACUCCCUCUGGAACUGAUCCCUUUGUCGACAUGCCACCGGAAGGAUCCUCAUUACAGACUUUCCCCAAAUGCAACACAUGGAGCGAUGAUCCUUUGCAAACUCUUAGCACAAAGGGUCGGUGUAUGGUAAAUGAAGAUUUGAAGGACAAAGAAAGUUCACCGUUAAGAGUUGUUGAAACAUUUAUUAACAGAGAAGCUUUGGAGAACUAUCGCAAUAAGUAUGGUAACACAUUAAGUAAAGAAAACUCAGCUGCAGUUAACGCGUUUGACCGGGAAGAUUUUAUGAAAGAGACAAAAAAAUGUCAAGUUGGUCAACUUAUAAAGAGCCGACGUUCAGCCUCAGAUAUCCAGCCUCAUAUCUAAUAUUGAAAACAUUGCAGAGCUCAUUCAACAACAAAAAAUACCGUUGAUGAAUUUAGCAAUAGUAACUCCUAUUGGAUGUCCUUAUAUUAAAUAAUACCAUCUCAAAAUUUGAUAACAUUUUCUAUUUUUCCUGUAAUCCAUUAAAAUGUUUUAAUAUUA